AUGUUCUCGCUUCCGGUGGCCUGGCAUGAGCCAGCUGUCUCCGUUGCCUCUUGCGGCAGAAACGCAAUGCUCCUCAACGUCACUCGAAUCGAACGGACAGCCAAGGAGCUUGACGACGAGAGCGCGGGAAACAGAGAACAACACCAGAGGCGCUCGUCGAGAACGGGGAACGGAGAAACAGACGACAAAGCAAGAAAAGGCAAGAGAGGAUACUUCGAGGAAAGACGACAAAGAAGGCAGGAGAGGAAAAGAAGCAGAGAACGGGAAGAGAACAAGGACGGAACAAAGUGGGGACAAGCGACGAGUGCAGCGGGCGAACAAGGAUAG